CCUAUGGAGAGACUUGUAGAAUCUGCUUGAACAUCCGAGCUGGAAGAGAGAACAAGGGUUCUAGAGAUGGCCAUGGGAAAAAUUCUAUCUCGCCUGAUCCCUAAUGACCCCUUAAUUCCGCUGCUGAAUAGGAGUGAGCAACCAACAGCAGUAGUUGCAACCCGUAACUCCCCGGCCCUGAGCAAGGUAGUGGUCCCAACCAGACCAAGGGGAAGUGGGAAGUUAAACCUAGAACCUAGCUCGUCCAGGCAUAAUGAAGAACUACUAAAGAAAAAAGUUGACCUCGAAAAACCACUCAAAGACGUGCAGAAGUUUAUUGAUGAGUUAAAGAGUCCCAGACAUACGAUGGCUCCGGAGCCAGAUGAGCAUCUGCAUACCUAUCAAGCCAUCAUGAGGAUCCAAAAUGCCACUGAUGCUAUGAUGUGCAAAGUCUUCCCUGCAACCUUGAAAUCAACAGCCAGAAGAUGGGACUAUAUGCAACAGUUCAACAAGUCCACUCUGGACAUUGAUAACAUCUCGGAUACCAUCUGCUUAUCUGCUUUGUUGCAUGGCCUUAAACUUGGCCAGUUUCUAGACGACCUGCUAGAGAAUCCACCUAAGUCGUGGAAUGAAGUGAAUGACAGGUCGGCAAGUUUCAUACUGUCUGAAGAUUUUCAAUUUUCUAAGAGACGAGCUGAUGACAGACAAGGAGGCCAGAGUGCUCGAGGUCGUAAGGCUUAUGCUUGUCAAAGUAAUGGCGAUUAUAAGCGAGCAGACGGAGAGCCCGACGUUAUGAUGCCUCAUGCAGAUCCUUUUGUGACAACGGUCCAUACAGGCAAUCAUAAUGUCAACAAGGUCUUUAUCGAUACUGAACCACACUUUAGGAUGGCUUUAGUUAGCUUUUUAAUAGUCAAAAUGGAAUCAGCUUUCAAUGCCAUAUUAGGAAGAGCCACCCUCUGCGAGCUGAAGGCUGUCAUCUCGCAACCUCAUCUCUGUAUGAAGCUCCCAACUCCUCAGGGGGUAGGAGUGCUUAAGGGGAACCAGAAGAUGGCCAGAGCCUGCUAUCAAGAUACUUUCAAGAAGGUUGAGCUCGUUGUAGCCCCGAAAGGCUCUUCUGAAAUCCACAGGCCUACUCAGCCCGGUCAACACACAUUGAUCAUAUCAGACAUUGAGCACCGACCUGAAGGUGUCGAGGCUAAUCAAGAUGUGUUUGCGUGGACAACGGAUGAAAUGCCUGGCAUUCCAAUAGAGUUGGCAGUCCACAAGCUCAGCACAGACCCCACCGAGAGGCUGGUGGUCCAGAAACGUUGCCUUUUUGGUCUUGAGAAGCAAGCUGCCAUAGAUGAAGAAAUACAAAAGCUACUACAAGCAGGCUUCAUCAGGAGAGUUGAAUACUCUGAGUGGGUGUCUAACCUUGUGCUUGUCAAGAAACCAAACGACAAAUGGAGGAUGUGUAGUGAUUUCAUCAACUUAAAUGAGGCGUGUCUGAAAGAUCCUCACCCCUUGCCAAAUGUUGAGAAGUUAGUAGAGCGAGCAGCAGGACAUGAACGGAUGAGUUUCCUUGAUGCCAACUCGGGUUAUCACCAGGUUCAGUUGCUGUUGGAUGACCAGGAGAAAACAGCUUUUUAUGCUAGUGACGCAAUCUACUGCUAUGUCAUGAUAAAUAUUGAAGUAUAUGUGGACGACAUGAUAGUCACCAGUAAGCGAGCUGACGAUCAUAUAGACGACCUGAAUGAAACAUUUCAAAACUUGCGCCGAGCCCAAAUGAAGCUGAAUCCCCUAAAAUGCACGUUUGCUGUAGAAUCAGGAAAAUUCAUAGGGUACGUGGUAUGCAAGAAAGGAAUUGAGGUAAAUCCAAAGAAGGUUCAGGCCAUUCAGCAGAUGGAGCCUCCCAAGACCAUAAAAGAUGUGCAGCGUCUGACAGGUCGUGUUGCUGCACUGCAUAGGUUCAUAGCCAGGUCAGUAGAGAGGUGCCUCCCGUUCUUUAAGGCUUUGCAAGAGCCCAAGAAUUUUCAGUGGACCGCCGAGUGUCAGCAAGCGUUUGACGAGCUCAAACAAUAUCUGGUGUCAGCACCCCUGCUUUCUAAGCUUGUGGAGGGGGAGAGUUUGUACUUGUAUCUCGGGGUUACAGAGGAGGCCAACUACCCACUAGCAGAAAAAGCUGCUUUUGCCCUUGUUUACAUGGCUCGCAAGUUGAGAGCUUACUUUCAAUCACACCAAAUCAUUGUCUAUACCGAUCUACCGUUGAGGAAGAUACUGCAGAAGCCAGAACUCUCUGGUCGGCUUAUUGGAUGGAGCGUUGAGCUGAAAGAAAGGGCACCCAUAUACCCGGUCUGGGUUUUGUAUGUAGAUGGAGCUGCUAAUAUUGAAGGAUCAGGUGUUGGGGCAAUGCUAAUCGACAAGAUACCCAGAGCAGAUAACCAACAAGCUGAUGAGCUAUCAAAAUUAGCCUCCUUGCAAGAUAUCAACCCUCAAAGAUCAACAAUUGUAGAGGUACUUGACGCAUCGAGCUACACUGAUUUAACAAUCGAGUGUCAACUGCUAAGCAUAGAUCCCUCUUCGCUGAGCUGGACUACACCCCUCAUGGAGUAUUUGCGAAAUGGCGAGCUGCCUGAAGACCCAUCAACCUCAAAAUUGAUUAAACGCAAGGCAGCACACUUCACUUUGAUAGACAACCAGCUCUACAAGCGAGCAGCCUCAAUGCCCCUAUUAUGCUGCCUUACUCCUUAUGAAGCUGAAAAUGUUGUAAGGGAAGUUCAUGAAGGAGUAUGUGGCACACAUAUAGGUGGUAAAACAUUGGCUCGAAAAUUCUUGAGACAUGGGUAUUACUGGCCUACUAUGGUCAAGGACGCACAGAGUUGUGUCAAAAAGUGCCCGACCUGCCAAUUUAAUGCUGAUGACAUUCACGUGCCAGGAGUCGAUCUGCUUGGCCCCUUUGUCAAAGGCAAAGGAGGUUGCACUUUUCUAGUUGUCGCGGUGGAUUACUUCACCAAAUGGAUAGAAGUCAAACCAUUAUCCAUGACAACAGACAAGAAAAUAGAGGAAUUUCUGUUCAACUCAAUAUUAUGCAGGUUUGGCAUACCUAAACGGAUCAUAGCUGACAAUGGUCCACAGUUCCGAGCCGCAGCACUCAGGUUGUUCUACAACGACUAUGGCAUUGAGCUUGCCUUGACGUCUGUAUAUACUCCCCAGUCAAAUGGGCAAGCCGAGUCCGCCAAUAAAAUCAUCUUGCAAGGCCUCAAGACGGGCGAAACUCCAUUGAGCCUUGCCUAUGGGGCUGAGGCCGUCAUCCCUGUAGAGGUUGGAUUGCCAUCCGUCAGGUCAGAUCGGCACAACGAUCCUAACAAUGAGCAACUUUUAAGAGAGAACCUAGAUGUUAUGGAAGAGGUUAGGGAGAUGUCUCGAAUAAGAAACAUGGUGCAUCAAAGUCGUGUCGCCAAAUUUUACAAUAAGAGAGUCCGAGCUCGUCAAUUUCAAGUUGGCAAUUUGGUUUUACGCAAGACUUGGCUCACUAACUCUUACUCACAUAUGGGUAAACUUGCCUUGAACUGGGAAGGUCCUUAUAUGGUUAUUUGUGUUAAAUGACCUGGGACUUACCAGUUGGCAGAUCUACAAGGUCGUCAAUUACCAUUCAUUUGGAACGUACAUAACCUUAGAAAGUUUUGCAGUUAACAUGUAUGUUAUUAUCUUAUUCAACUUAUUGUCAAUCAAGUGUAAAUGGCAAUGCAAAGAGUGAACACAACAAUCAAUACAGAAAUUGCAA